CUUAGAAAGUAUUUCAAUGAAAACUUCAAAAAGAGAUAUAUACAACUAUUGCAGUUAUCAACAGAAUAUCCUAUUCUAUUCAUAUCAAAAAAGAAUAGCAAGCUCAGACUAUAUAUUGAUUAUAAGCAACUUAACAAUAUUAUAAUUAAAAACUAA